GGUGGCCGAUUGGGCGGGGUUGCGGCUGCCACGUUGAAGCGGAACGUGGAGGUGUCCCUGAGCCUGGAGGAGGGGCGGUAGCGAAUGUUCGGAGAGUCUGACUGGAGUCGUGCUAACGCAGUAACCGGUCGUCUAGAGUCCUUGCCAGCAGGAUGAAGUUAAAGGAAGUAGAUCGUACAGCUAUGCAGGCAUGGAGCCCUGCUCAGAAUCAUCCCAUUUACCUAGCUACAGGAACAUCUGCUCAGCAAUUGGAUGCAACAUUUAGUACUAAUGCUUCCCUUGAGAUAUUUGAAUUAGACCUUUCUGAUCCGUCCUUGGAUAUGAAAUCUUGUGCCACUUUUUCUUCUUCUCACAGGUACCACAAGUUGAUAUGGGGGCCUCAUAAGAUGGAUUCCAAAGGAAAUAUCUCUGGAGUUCUGAUUGCGGGUGGUGAAAAUGGAAAUAUUAUUCUUUAUGAUCCUUCUAAAAUUAUAGCUGGAGAGAAGGAAGUUGUGAUUGCACAAAAUGACAAGCAUACUGGCCCAGUGAGAGCCUUGGAUGUGAACAUUUUUCAGACUAAUCUGGUGGCCUCUGGUGCUAAUGAGUCUGAAAUUUACAUUUGGGAUCUAAACAACUUUGCAACUCCAAUGACACCAGGAGCCAAAACACAGCCCCCAGAAGAUAUCAGCUGCAUUGCAUGGAACAGACAAGUCCAGCACAUUUUAGCAUCAGCCAGUCCCAGUGGCCGGGCCACUGUAUGGGAUCUUAGAAAAAAUGAACCUAUCAUCAAAGUUAGUGAUCAUAAUAACAGGAUGCAUUGCUCUGGGUUGGCUUGGCAUCCUGAUGUUGCUACUCAAAUGGUCCUCUCAUCUGAAGAUGAUAGGUUACCAGUGGUCCAGGUGUGGGAUCUUCGCUUUGCUUCUACUCCACUCCGUGUCCUGGAAAACCAUGCCAGGGGGAUUUUGGCAAUUGCUUGGAGCAUGGCAGAUCCUGAAUUGUUGCUGAGCUGUGGAAAAGAUGCUAAGAUUCUCUGCUCCAACCCAAACACAGGAGAGGUCUUAUAUGAACUUCCCACCAAUACACAGUGGUGCUUUGAUAUUCAAUGGUGUCCCAGAAAUCCUGCUGUUUUGUCAGCUGCUUCUUUUGAUGGACGUAUCAGUGUUUAUUCUAUCAUGGGAGGAAAUGCAGAUGGUUUAAGGCAGAAACAAGUUCACAAGCUUUCAUCAUCUUUUGGAAAUCUUGACCCCUUUGGCACAGGACAGCCUCUUCCUCCAUUACAAAUUCCUCAGCAGGCUGCUCAGCAUCAUAUAGUGUUGCCUCUGAAGAAGCCACCGAAGUGGAUCCGAAGGCCUAUUGGUGCUUCCUUUUCAUUUGGAGGCAAACUGGUUACCUUUGAAAAUGUCAGAAUGCAGUCUCAGCAGGGAGCUGAGCAACAGCAGCAGCAGCAGCAGCACGUGUUCAUUAGUCAGGUUGUAACAGAAAAGGAAUUCCUCAGCCGAUCAGAUCAACUUCAGCAGGUCAUGCAGUCACAAGGCUUUGUCAAAUAUUGUCAGAAAAAAAUUGACGCUUCUCAGUCAGAAUUUGAAAAAAAUGUGUGGUCCUUUUUGAAGGUAAACUUUGAGGAUGAUUCUCGUGGAAAAUACCUUGAACUUCUAGGAUACAGAAAAGAAGACCUAGGAAAAAAGAUUACUUUGGCCUUGAACAAAGUGGAUGGACCUGAUGUGGCUCUUAAAGAUUCUGAUCAAGUAGCACAGAGUGAUGGGGAGGAGAGCCCUGCUGCUGAAGAGCAGCUCUUGGGAGAGCAUGUCAAAGAGGAAAAACAAGAAUUUGAAUUUCUACCUUCAGCUGGAGGACCAUUUAACAUCUCCAUCAAUGGAGAUAUUGAUGGUUUAAUUACUCAGGCUUUGUUGACGGGUAACUUUGAGAGCGCUGUUGACCUUUGUUUACAUGAUAACCGCAUGGCCGAUGCUAUAAUAUUGGCCAUAGCAGGUGGACAAGAACUAUUGGCUCGAACCCAGAAGAAAUACUUUGCAAAAUCACAAAGCAAAGUUACCAGGCUAAUUACUGCAGUGGUGAUGAAGAACUGGAAAGAGAUUGUUGAGUCUUGUGACCUUAAAAAUUGGAGAGAGGCUUUAGCUGCAGUAUUGACUUAUGCUAAACCUGAUGAGUUUUCAGCCCUCUGUGAUCUUUUGGGAACCAGGCUUGAAAGUGAAGGUGAUAGCCCCCUGCAGACUCAGGCAUGUCUCUGCUAUAUUUGUGCAGGCAAUGUAGAGAAAUUAGUUGCAUGUUGGACUAAAGCUCAAGAUGGAACCAGCCCUUUGUCACUUCAGGAUCUGAUUGAGAAAGUUGUCAUCCUACGAAAAGCUGUACAACUCACCCAAGCCAUGGACACUAACACUGUAGGAGUUCUUCUGGCUGAGAAGAUGAGUCAGUAUGCCAGUUUGUUGGCAGCCCAGGGCAGUAUUGCUGCAGCCUUGGCUUUUCUUCCUGAAAGCACCAACCAGCCAAAUAUUGUGCAGCUUCGUGACAGACUUUGUAGAGCACAAGGAGAGCCUGUACCAGGACAGGAAUCACCCAAAGUACCUUAUGAGAGGCAGCAGCUGCCCAAGGACAGGCCUGGACCAAUUGCUGGCCACACGCAGAUGCCAAGAGUUGCACCUCAACAAUACUAUCCCCAUGGAGAAAAUCCUCCACCUCCAGGUUUCUUGAUGCAUGGAAAUGUUAACCCACAUGUUGCCGCAGCUCAGCUCCCCACAUCACCCAGUCACGUGCACACCCAGGUACCACCUUAUCCACAGCCACAGCCUUAUCAACCAGCCCAGCCAUAUUCCUUCGGAACGGGGGGGCCAGCAACAUAUCAACCUCAGCAGCCUGUUGCUCCUUCUGCUUCAAACACUUACCCUAACACCUCUUACAUAUCUUCUACUCCUUCCUAUUCUGGGCAGUCUCAGCUGUAUGCAGCACAGCACCAGGUCUCUCCACCUACCUCCAGCCCUUCUGCUUCUUUCCCCCCUCCCCCUUCCUCUGGAGCAUCCUUCCAGCAUGGCGGACCAGGAGCUCCACCAUCUUCAGCUUACGCACUGCCUCCUGGAACAACAGGUACACUGCCUGCUGCCAGUGAGCUGCCUGCGUCCCAAAGAACAGGUCCUCAGAAUGGUUGGAAUGAUCCUCCAGCUUUGAACAGAGUACCCAAGAAGAAGAAGAUGCCUGAAAACUUUAUACCUCCUAUUCCCAUCACAAACCCCUUGGGUGACCCCCAGUCACAGAUGCUGCAGCAACAACCUUCAGCUGCAGUACCACUGUCAAGCCAAGCUUCAUUCCCACAGCCACAUCUUCCAGGUGGCCAGCCCUCCUUCCCUGGCAUGCAGCAACCCCUUGGUCAACCAGGCAUGCCACCGUCUUUCUCAAAGCCCAAUAUUGAAGGUGCCCCAGGAGCUCCUAUUGGAAAUACCAUCCAGCAUGUGCAGUCUUUGCCAACAGAAAAAAUUACUAAGAAACCUAUUCCAGAUGAACACCUCAUUCUAAAGACCACAUUUGAGGAUCUUAUUCAGCGUUGUCUUUCUUCAGCCACAGAUCCUCAAACCAAGAGGAAGCUAGAUGAUGCCAGCAAACGCUUGGAGUUUCUAUAUGAUAAACUUAGGGAACAGACACUUUCACCCACAAUCAUCAAUGGUUUACACAACAUUGCAAGGAGCAUUGAAAUGCGAAACUACUCUGAAGGCUUGACCAUCCAUACCCACAUAGUCAGCACCAGCAACUUCAGCGAGACUUCUGCUUUCAUGCCAGUUCUUAAAGUUGUUCUCACCCAGGCCAAUAAGCUGGGUGUCUAACAGGACAGCUUCACUUCCCGCCAACAUUGCCAUUUUUCCAAAGAAACAUGUUUUUAAAAAUGAUAAGAUGUGGACCAAUCUUCAUUAGCAUGUUUUCAUAGCAUUUACACUAUUUCUGCAAAGAUACUCACCUUAGAACCGCUCCAAACCUUGGUGCUUUCUUUUAUUUUAAUCUUUUAUUGCCUGUAAUGAUUUUCUUAUUAUGCAAAUAGUGUAUUUCCUGGAUUACACAUAGUUUUCCUGAAGUAUUCUGAUAAAUUGUGGUUUUUUAAAACCUUAGUGUACUUUUGCAAUAGAGCAUCUGGUUAUGCAUAAAGCAGAGCUAAAACUGAGUUUCUUUUGUGUCCUCCAUACUCCCUCUAUGUCAAUCAGAUUAAAGUGUGCGAUCUUA